CUCUCUCUCGUCCACCGUCCACGUCGUCACGCACCGCACAUAAAAACCGCCAAGAUGAGUACCCAACUCUCCAUCGACAAUGCCGACCUCGAGAAGCUCAGCGACAACGAUCGCAACGAGCUGCGCCAGUUCCUCGCCAACGAGCAGCAGCGCUCGCAGAUCCAGGCCCAAACUCACAGCCUGACCCAGAUGUGCUGGAACAAGUGCGUCCAGGGCAGCAUCAAGAACAACAAGCUGGACAAGGGCGAGGAGACGUGCCUGGCCAACUGCGUCGAGCGAUUCCUCGAUGUCAACUACCUCACGAUGAAGCACCUGAACGGCAUGCGCAACUAAACGAGCAAUAAUGACCUUGUAUUGGGAACAAGAGGAGGAGGGGUUUGUACAAUAGACGGGUCAUGGACAAUGGCCAGGACUGGCUCGGCUUUGUCGGUUGAAGAGAUUUACGGACGGCCUUGUAUAUUAUGAGGGGAAGACACUACGGUUGGAUGUGCCUGGUGUGUUGGGCAUGCUUUGGCCUUGGUCCGUCUUGACGGUCAACCGUCUCUACGUUGAAUGACACUCGGCAAUAAUGAUAGACAAGAACACAACUUUUCACAUG